AGGCUGGGAGGGAGUGGCUUUCCGGAGGCCCGGCUCUGGCUCCAGGCAGGUGGGGACUUUACCCUGUGCAGGGAGCAAGAUGGCCGCGUCGUCCUUGUGCUGCGGCGCUUCUGGGAGCCGGGUGCUGGCAGCUGGCCUCUUCCGCAGCCGCGUGGCCAUCGUGACCGGCGGGGGCACCGGCAUCGGCAAGGCCAUUGCAGCUGACCUGCUGCAGCUCGGUUGCAAUGUAGUCAUUGCCUCUCGCAAACUCGACAGAUUAAUUGCUGCAGCGAAAGAGUUAGCUGCCCAAAAUCCAUCCGCUGAUUCUGCCACAGUGACCCCAAUACAAUGCAACAUUCGCAAAGAAGAGGAGGUAGAUGCACUGGUGAAGUCGACAUUGGAUCUUCAUGGUAGGAUAGAUUUCUUAGUAAAUAAUGGAGGAGGCCAGUUCUCUAGUCCAGCAGAAGCAAUCAGUUCGAAAGGGUGGCAUGCCGUGAUUGAAACUAACCUGACUGGAACCUUCUAUUGUUGUAAAACAGUGUACAAUGCAUGGAUGCAGGAUCACGGCGGCGCCAUUGUCAACAUUGUGGCAAACAUGUGGAAAGGUUUUCCUGGAAUGUCGCACAGUGGUGCAGCAAGAGCAGCAGUUGAUAACUUGACCAAAAGCUUUGCUAUUGAAUGGGCCAAGAAUGGAGUGAGAAUUAACUCAGUUGCUCCGGGAGUGAUAUUUUCAGAAACUGCUGUUGAAAACUACAAAGAAGCUGGUGAAACAUUGUUUAAGAACUCAAUUCCAAAGAUUCCUGCAAAAAGACUAGGAGUUCCUGAAGAGGUGUCUGCCUUGGUAUGUUUCCUGCUGUCUCCGGGUGCCUCCUAUAUAACUGGGGAAACUGUGAAGGUUGAUGGAGGACAGGGCUUAUACUCUUGCCAAUGGGAAGUUGCAGAUCAUAACAGAUGGCCACCUGCUCCAGAGGGAAAUAAUUCUGAAGCACUCACAAGGAUGCUUUCUGGAAAAUCUUUGUCAAAACUGUAAAAUAAAUCAAUGAGAUUGGUCACCUUCCAUCCCCACUAGCAAGAGAAUGUAGUCUUAAGAAACCUUAUGCCUCUAAUGUAUUUCUAUGCAGUCUUGGACAAAGCUGUACUUUUCAGUAAUAAUGAUGCGUUGAAAGAACUCCAUCACAGAAAUCUUUAAAAAAGCAAUCAUUUGUCUA